ACUGAGGAAAGGGUUUUGAGGAGCAGAGGAGCACAGAGCUUUGGUGGCCACAGUCUGAGGAGGUUCUCCAAUCUGAAGGAGUGCAGCCUGGCACCAGGGAAUAAUCAGCUUGAUGUUGUGCAAUCGUACAACCGGAAUGCCUCGUGGAGACUUCAACGUCUACUUUGCCAGCGGACGGAGAGGAUAUGUCAGAGCUGAGGAGGCAGUCGGCAUAGGUCUUCUGGUUGUUGUCCUCGCUGGCCUCUUCAUUCUAGGCUGCUGGUACCUCAAGAAGAGGACUGGCUACAAAAUGAUCAGGAGCACCGGCUCAGGAUCUGCAGGUUUUACAGGAGGCCAGUACUCAGAGCCAGGAACUUCAGCAGACAACAAAAUGGCUCUUGCUGACUUCGGCAGCUUCCAAUCAGUGGUUCCUAAUGCUCCUCCAGCCUAUGAGAAGAUUCCUUCAGGACCACUGCCGCCUCCUUAUUCCCCCUAAGUGAGAAAGACUAACAUCUACAGAGAAACGCGAACAUGUGAAAACCAAACUCAGAACUGGACUUGGACAAAACGUCAAGCACCACCACUGUCGACGUACUUCAUAAAUGAAUGGCACCUACAGAAAAAUACAUUGUUUUUCUUGCUUUGUAAAAAUCUUCUCAUGAAUAAAGAUGAAACAUACAAUUUAGGCUGUUUCAGGAAACAAGGAUUGCAAAACACUUUUUUUUGGGACAGUCGCAUUGUUUAUUUCCAUGCAAUUAUGUCCACAGCUGUUCAAUGAAAAUGUACCUAGUAAAUAUCUUUUAAAAAUCUAUAUGGUAAAAAUAAAUAAAUGUGAUUCCAAAACAUUUA